AUGGGUUUGUUUUUGGAGUUGGAGCGUUCUGGAUUGGAGCCAGAUUCUGUUAGUUUCCUUGGUGUUUUAACAGCUUGUGUUUACUCUGGGAAAGUACAUGAAGGUGUCGAGUUUUUUAGAUUGAUGAGAGAGAAGUAUUUUAUUGAGCCGUCGAUAAAACACUACACUUGCAUGGUUAAUGUGCUGGGUGGAGCGGGGCUUCUAGAGGAAGCAGAGGCAAUGAUAAAGAACAUGCCGGUGGAAGAAGACGCUAUUAUAUGGACUUCUUUGCUUUCUGCUUGCAGGAAAAACGGUAACGUUGAGAUGGCUGAGCGAGCAGCAAAAUGUUUGAAGAAGCUGGAUCCUGAUGAAACUUGUGGUUAUGUGCUCAUGUCUAAUGCUUAUGCUUCUUUUGGGUUGUUCGAAGAGGCGGUUGAACAGAGGGUUUUGAUGAAGGAAAGAAAAAUGGAGAAGGAAAUAGGGUGUAGUUCGAUUGAAGUAGAUUUCGAAGUUCAUGAGUUUGUUUCUUCCGGGAAAAGACACCCUAAAUCCUCUGAGAUUUACAGAUUACUAGAUGUUUUGAACUGGGAUGCCUCUGCAUUAAAAUCAGAAGUAGGCUACUACUCAAUUUGCUGA